UUUUGUUCUUCUUUUCUUUCUCACAAUUAUUCCACUUCCACAUUCAUCAUCAUCUUCAUCUCCUCCUCUUCCUUUCCUUUCCUUUCCCUUCCCUUCCUCCUUCUCCUUCUCAUUCCUUCCUUCCUUCCUCCCAUCUCAUCAAUCUUCACCCUUCCCCACGUUCCCUCCGUCAUUGAGGCGUACACUCACCAGCACCCUUUGCUGGAAUCACUUCUUCACUAACCUCGCCCUUUUUUAUCACUUUUUCAUCUUUUUUCUUCUUAUUCUAGUUACAAACGCUCAAAGCAAGUAGAGAGAAUAUCCUCUGUGACGACCCCUCCAAUCACUUAAAAUGUCUCGAUACAACAAUAACCAAUACCCGCCUCAAGGAGGCCCUCCUCCACAUCAGCAGCCCUAUUAUGCUGGCCCGCCUCAACGGACUCCCACCAGUCAUUCUGCUCAUUCUGCUCGAUCCCCAACAAUGCCCCAUAUGAACGCAGGAUACCCUCCACAACAACCCGUAGGAUAUGGUGGUCCCCAAGGAUAUGGUGGUCCUGGAGGAUAUGGAAGCCCAGGAGGAUACAACCAUAAUGUCUCUCAUCAAGGCUAUGAAAUCGAUGACAGCGAUGCUGCAGGACUAAUAAACAACCAAGGCCGUGCAGGUGGUCCUCCUCCUCCUCAUCAUCCAGGACAGACCGUACCACUUCCACGCACCGUCUCCAAACUGGACAGAAACGCUACCAUGAAUCGCAGGUCGAUUUGUCAUGUACCUCUGACAGAUGGAAACUUGGUUAUGGACUGUCCUGUACCAAGACAGUUGCUUCAGAAUGCCCAGUUCAAGGGCGAACGUGAGUUUGAGUACAUGCGUUACACCGCAGCCACCUGUGAUCCCAACGACUUCUUCAAGGAGCGCUAUACCCUGCGACCCACCAUCUACCGUCGCCAGACCGAGCUGUUCAUUGUCAUGACCAUGUACAACGAAGACGAUGAGCUCUUCAUCAAGACAAUGGGGUCCGUCAUGAAGAAUAUCUCUCAUCUUUGCACACGCGCAAAAUCAAAGACUUGGGGCAAGGACGGUUGGAAAAAAGUCGUUGUCUGUGUUGUUGCUGAUGGUCGUAAAAAGUGUCACCCCCGUGUCCUCAAAGUUUUAGCAGCCAUGGGUGCCUACCAGGAAGGUAUUGCCAAGGAUACAGUCGCGGGCAAGCCCGUUACAGCACAUAUUUAUGAAUACACCACCCAGGUCAUGGUGGAUCAGGAUCUCAAGGUCCGUUCAGCAGACUGUGGUAUCGUCCCUGUCCAGAUCCUCUUCUGUCUCAAGGAACAAAACAAGAAGAAGUUGAACUCCCAUCGAUGGUUCUUCAACGCAUUCGCUCCCCAAUUGAACCCCAAUGUCUGUGUCCUUCUCGAUGUCGGAACCAAACCCUCGGGCACGAGUAUCUAUCAUCUCUGGAAGGCCUUUGACCGCGACUCCUCCAUCGGAGGUGCCUGUGGUGAGAUCUGUGCUGACCUCGGUCCCAACUGCGCCAAUUUGCUCAACCCUUUGGUCGCUUCACAAAACUUUGAGUACAAGAUGUCCAACAUUCUCGAUAAACCACUCGAGUCCGUCUUUGGUUACAUUUCAGUCUUGCCCGGAGCCUUCUCAGCCUACCGCUACAAGGCCCUGAAGGAUUCAUCACCCGGUGUCGGUCCCUUGUCAUCCUACUUUAAGGGAGAGACGCUCCAUACCUCAGGAGAGGCUGGUAUUUUCGAAUCCAACAUGUACUUGGCUGAGGACCGUAUCCUGUGUUUCGAAUUGGUCGCCAAGAAGAACGAGGCUUGGUUGCUCAAGUACGUCAAAUCGGCCAAGGCCGAGACUGAUGUCCCCGACAGCAUUGGAGAAUUCAUUUCCCAACGUCGUCGUUGGUUGAACGGAUCCUUCUUUGCUGCCUUCUACUCCCUUGCUCACUUCACCCGUGUCCUCACGUCCGGACAAGGAUUCUUCCGAAAGAUCUUUUUGAUGAUCGAGUUUGUGUAUAAUGCAGUCAACUUGAUCUUCAACUGGUUCUCUCUCGCCAAUUUCUACCUCACCUUCUACUUCUUGACCUUCGCUGCUGCCAACAACGCCAACAAGGACUUCUCACCCUUUGGUGAUCGUGGAGAGACAGCUUUCAGUGUGUUGCGAAACAUGUAUCUUGCUGCUAUCAUCACUGUCUUUAUCUGCUCUAUGGGAAAUCGACCUCAAGGAUCUCGCAUCAUCUACAUUCUCGCCAUCCUCUUGUUUGCUUUCAUCAUGGGUUCCAUGCUCUAUCUUGCCGCUGCCACAGUUUACUUGGUCGUCAGUCCUGUCUGGGGUAAUUACACUCAGAUGAUUACACUCCUCAAAGUGGAUGGACCCUUCCGUGACAUUGUGAUCUCUUUGAUGUCGACCUAUGGCUUGUACAUUAUCUCGUCUCUGAUGCACUUUGAACCCUGGCACAUGCUCACUUCCUUCAUCCCUUACAUCUUCCUCCUCCCUGCCUAUGUCAACAUCUUGAUGGUCUAUGCCUUCUGUAAUACACAUGAUGUUUCCUGGGGUACCAAGGGUGAUAACAAGGCACCAGAACUCGGUGGAGCCACUGUGGUCUCGAAGGAUGGAAAGGAAGUCAUCAAGUUGGAGAAGCCUACAAACAGGGAUGAUAUUGAUGCGAUCUAUCAAUUGAACAUGCAGGAACUGGCGGUCCGACCCGAUCAUGUGAAGGAAAAGCGAGACAAGAAGACAAAGCAAGAGGAUUAUUACAAGAUGUUCAGAACGCGUUUGGUCUUGACCUGGAUGUUCUCCAAUGCAGUGUUGAUUAUUGCCAUGACCAACAGUUUCAACUAUCGACGCGAUUCAGCUCCAGAUGUGGAGGCCCCCAUCAGCAAAGAGGAGAUGUUCAACCCUUACCUGUCCAUGAUCUUUUGGAGUGUUGCAGCCCUCAGCGCAUUCCGUUUCAUUGGCACGAGUUUGUACCUCAUUUUGCGUGCUCUCUUCGGUUAAAGAAAAAAGAGUCAUCUUUUUUUAUCUGUAUGUCCUACGCCCAUUUUCUUUAUACAUAUAAAUUUAAAUAAACCUUGUGCAUUUGUAACUAGAAACUAUGAAUUUAUUGAAAAUGGAGUGGAAAGACAAUAUAUAAUAUGUAAUAAAUAAUU